AUGCCGGCCGGAGAUGGCAAGGAGCGAGGAGUUAAAAAGAAGAUAGGGGUAGAAACAGGUCAGAAGGCGCGUCAACAUCGCAGAAAGCAGAGGGAGACGAUUGUCGUCGAUCCUGCUGUAGACGUCGAUCCUUUCUGUUUUAAAAACUAUCUUGGGAAGUACGAGUGCAAGCUCUGCGGAACUAGACAUGUAGACAAGGAGUCGUAUGCCAAACACGUGAGUGGAAAGCGGCACCAGCACUUUCUGUCGAAGAAACUUAAGCUUAGUAAGAAGGAUGAUAGUGAUGAGCGGGAUCCUAAAGCGAGGCUCCCAAUGAAUCAGCCGGGAUCUUCUGCCUUGAGUAGCACAGACCGAGUGAUGCUACGAAAGAGGGUGCUACCAAAGUGGCACGUGGACGAAGUCAUACACCCGGAGUCAGGCAAAAGUGGAUACUGCGUAAGUCUCUGGUGCCCGAAGAUGAAGGUGGGGAUCCCACGAUAUCGCAUUGUAAGCACAUACGAUCAGUCAAUAGAACCUGUCUCUCCAGACAAGCAGUAUAUCGUAAUCUCUUGCCAUCCCUACAGAAGUGUUGGGGUUUGUAUAAUGAAUCAGCCAAUUGACACUGCAACUGUCUAUGAAGAGUUUGACAGUCUCACAGAAACAUAUGUCCUACAGCUUUUUCACGCUUAG